CUGUUCUUCUUCUUCUUCUUCCUCUGUUUCUCUUUGACUACUUCCAUGGUGGCCUCGGACACAGACACGGACUCAGGUCCUGUGGUUUCAACAACCCAACUCGUCACUUUCCUCCAGCGUGUGCAGCACACGGCACUUCGAUCAUACCCUAAAAAACAAAUCCCUGAUCCCAAAUCCUACAUUGAUCUAUCUCUCAAACGUCCCUACAAUCUCUCCACCAUUGAAUCAGCCUUCAACGAUCUCACGAGCGAGUCACGUCAUGACCAGUCAGUGCCAGUGGAGAAGCUUGAAAAGUUCGUCAAGGAAUACUUCGACGGCGCAGGAGAGGAUCUGCUGCACCACGAACCAGUGGAUUUCUUCUCAGAUCCCUCCGGCUUCCUCUCCAACGUGGAGAACGAACAAGUCAGAGAAUGGGCGCGUGAGGUACACGGCCUCUGGAGAAACCUGAGCUGCAGAGUCUCUGACUCAGUAAGAGAGUCUCCUGGCCGGCACACGCUUCUACUGUUGCCGGAACCGGUUAUUAUUCCCGGUUCGAGAUUCAGAGAAGUUUAUUACUGGGAUUCUUAUUGGGUCAUCAAAGGACUUAUGACGAGUCAAAUGUUCACUACCGCCAAAGGUUUAGUGACGAAUCUGAUGUCACUUGUGGAGACUUAUGGUUACGCUUUGAACGGUGCUAGAGCUUAUUACACUAACAGAAGCCAACCACCUUUGUUGAGCUCAAUGGUCUAUGAGAUUUAUAAUGUAACCAAAGAUGAAGAACUUGUGAAGAAAGCAAUCCCUGUACUUCUCAAAGAGUACAAGUUUUGGAACUCAGGAAAACAUAAAGUGGUUAUUCGAGACGCUAAUGGUCAUGAUCACGUUUUAAGCCGUUAUUAUGCUAUGUGGAACAUGCCAAGGCCUGAAUCCUCUGUUUUCGAUGAAGAAUCCGCUUCAGGGUUCUCGACUAUGUUAAAGAAACAACGGUUCCAUCGAGAUAUAGCCACGGCUGCUGAAUCAGGAUGCGAUUUCAGCACGCGAUGGAUGAGGGAUCCUCCUAACUUCACAACGAUGGCUACAACAUCCGUUGUACCUGUUGAUCUAAAUGUUUUUCUUCUCAAGAUGGAACUUGAUAUAGCAUUCAUGAUGAAGAUUUCCGGGGAUAAAAACGGUUCAGGCCGUUUUUUGAAAGCGUCAAAAGCGAGAGAGAAAGCGUUUAAAGCUGUGUUUUGGAAUGAGAAAGCAGGACAAUGGCUAGAUUACUGGCUUUCAUCGAAUGGUGAUGAGCCUGAGACAUGGAAAGCUGAGAACCAGAACACCAAUGUCUUUGCGUCUAACUUUGCUCCAAUCUGGAUUAAUUCCUUCAAUUCAGAUGAAGUUCUUGUCAAGAAAGUCGUGAAAGCUCUUAAAAACUCAGGGCUCAUUGCUCCCGCUGGAAUCCUAACCUCUUUGACAAACUCAGGACAACAAUGGGAUUCUCCGAAUGGAUGGGCACCGCAACAAGAGAUGAUCGUUACAGGACUCGCGAGAUCGAGUUCAAAGGAAGCUAAAGAGAUGGCAGAGGAUAUUGCAAGGAGAUGGAUCAAAAGCAGUUAUCUUGUUUACAAGAAAAGUGGGACUAUCCAUGAGAAGCUCAAAGUUACAGAGCUUGGUGAAUAUGGUGGUGGUGGAGAAUAUAUGCCACAGACUGGAUUCGGAUGGUCAAAUGGAGUUAUAUUAGCAUUCUUGGAGGAAUUUGGAUGGCCCUCUCACCUCAACAUUGAACCCUAGAUUUACUAAUUCUUAUUAAACGUUAAAUAAAGGAAUUAGCCAUUU